UGAACUGAAUUGAAGGAUGUAUUUGACAAGCAGUUUUUUUUACAAAUCUGCCUCAGCGCCCGAACUCUAUGCACGGUCAGUUGAAACUCAAACGCAAAAAAAGAAGAAAACCACUGCAUCCAAUGAGUUCCAUACCCCAUCGGGCCAUACGAUUAUAGAUGCACCCGAAACUACACAGCUGGAGGAGGAGGAGGAGGAGCCACCGCAAGAGCAACCGAGUCGGAGUAUUCUCAGCCCAACCUAUUCGCGAUUGGCCUUCCUGGCCAACGUCUAUGUGCUGCUGGGCUUGCAGGUGCUUCUAUCCACGCUCCAAUGGCUGGGCGCCACAUAUCGCUGGCGGCCAUCUAUCAAUCCAAACGAGCGCAGUUUCUUUGUACUGCUGCUGUUGCUAACCUGGCUGAAUCUGUCGUUGGGUUUUAUCGGUUUUCGGCGAUUGCAGAACAUCUACCCGUUGAACUGGAUCGUCUUUGCCUGCAUGUUCGAGAGCCUCACGCUGCUCAUAAUGUGCCUGAGCAUGCGUGAACUGGAUCUCACCUGGUACUUUAUAGUCAUUGGCAUGGCUGUGCUGGUUAUCUAUACGCCUUUUGGGCUCUGGAUGCCGCCCCUGUUGCCGGCAAAUCUAUGGAUAUUGAUAUUCUCAAGCCUCACCGUAGUGCUCAUUUCGGCUCUGGCACUGAUUACCGGCCUCGCUAUGCACUGCUACGUGCCGCUUUGUGUUAACCUCAUGGUCUUUGGGCCCUGGACCAUGUACAAUACGCAUAAGCUGCAUGCGAUUUCCCGCGAAUACAUCACGGAGUACAGCUACCUGCAUCUGGCGGCCAAAAUGUAUAUCGCAUAUGGUUGCACUGUGGGUGCUUUGGUGAUCGUAUAUCGAAUUACCAACACAGCUAUUGAAUCGGAAGACUGUCAGGAUGUAAUGUUUUGUCAAAAGCGGUCAAUGAUUCAUACAUUUGAAGUAAUCAAUUGAACUUAAAGAGCAGCAAUCCAUGUUAU